ACGUGACAACGCUCGAGGUUCUCGAAGUUUUAUCAGGCGUCGCUAACGUUACAGAAAAUGAAAGUAAUCACAACUCGUCCGAGGUUCUCACGAACGCUGAAAUAGCAGUAUUAACAAAUGCUUUGGACCUUAUUGCAAAUCUUGUCCUCAGCAAUACAAGUCUAGCUACGAAAGAUGUUGCUGAGUCAUUUCUGCAGUCGACCAGUAAUAUCAUAGGUGUUGUCAUAGAAAAGGAAACCAAAGGCACGUUGUUGCCACUGAAACAAGCGAAUGAGAACACAAGUGAAACGUUGUUUUCUUCAAUCGACAACAUUGGAUCGGCCUUACGUAAAAGGAUAGCAUAUGGAGAAAUCGAAAAAAUGGUAGUUGUUACUAAGAAUAUUGCUUUCGAGGUAAAGAAAGUAGUCGAAGGUUACUUGUCAUUCCCCGAAAAUUAUUUUCAAAACUACACGAACAAUGACACUACAUGGAUUCUUCAAUCAAAGAGUGGAAUAUUCUUAAACACAAGCAAAUUAGGUGAUGUUGUUGCAACGAUAGUGAUCUACAAAAAUUUAACAGAUGUUAUAUCUGCUAGAUCUAAAUUCAAUCGCUCAUCGAAUGAUGACGACGUAGUGAACGGCCCUGUCAUGUCAUGUUCGAUUUCAAAUGUGUCGUCCAGAUUGGCCUCACCAAUUAUCCUGACUUUUGAACAUGGGCAGACAAACUUCAUCAAUGCUUCGUGCAACUACUGGAAGUUUAGUAGUCCAGGGUAUUGGUCGAGUGACGGUUGCAUUGUUCGAGCUUCAAAUGAUACGAUUACUGUCUGCGAAUGUGACCAUCUCACCAACUUCGCUGUCCUCAUGAGUCAUUUUGUUGAGGCACAUGUCAAGUCCAAUGUCUUACGCCUAGUGUCGAUUGUUGGCCUUUCAUUAUCAACGUUUUGCCUACUUCUGACGAUUAUUAUUCUUGCAAAGCUUUGGAGAUACGUUCGGAGCGACAGGUUUGUUGUGUUGCUGAAUCUCAUCCUUGCGCUUAUAAUAUCUUACGCAAUCUUCAUUGGAGGCGUUAAUCGUACGGAAAACAAGUUCAACGUGAUUGUUUUGAUUCUGCUGUUUAAGAAAAUGUUUUCUCUAAAAGCCAUGGUAGACAAGCAAAUUAAAGACAAAAUCAAAAAAACUCUUUGGUCUCUGUGCGUUCUUGUGCCUCUAUUGGGCGUCUCCUGGAUUCUCGGCAUCUUCUACGUCAACGAGUCGGCCUCAUUCAUGCAGUAUGUGUUCGCAGUCUGCAACGGGCUUCAGGGCGUUUAUAUAUUCGUAUUCAACUGCAUUUUAAAUGGACAGGUCAAAAAUGGCUUCAAGACGGAAAGAAUCAGACGCAAAAACAAAUCAAUGGCGAGUUCGUUCUCGCUGAACAUGUCGAAAGACUCGACCAGGGAACGGCGUGAUUGCGACACCCCUGUGAAAUGUGCAUCCGUUCCUGGGCGACCUUCAAACCAAAUGGAGCAUAUUACCAAACGAGAAACAUCUGGCAAUCAAUGAAAUAGGAGCGACAAGCAACGUAUAAAUGUGGAUAAUUCAUAUGACUGAUCUUGAUGAAUACAAUGAUCAUAUGUAGGGAGUGUAAUAUAAAGGUCCCGUGUAGUAUUUUAUUAAGAUUUUCACAUGUAUGUACUUCUCAGACAUUUUGACGAUUUUGAAGGUUUUAUUUGCAUUCUAGAGAAAAGAGAUCUGAUUAGUUUCGACCACAAAACCAAAUAAAAAAUGUACAUAAAUUAUUUUGAAAUAUUUAAAGUUCAUAUUGUAUUGUAUUUAAAUACAAUCAUUAUGUAUAAUAAGAAAUCACGGAUAUUAUUACAAUUUUUAAUCUCUUGUUUUGUGUAUGUUUGUGCCUCAUUGCUUCAAUCAGACAGAUCAUGUAUCGUAUGCUUUGAUGUCGAAAAAAACUUAUAUGUGAGUAUGGUGCGUAAAUAUUUCAUGCGAAUACCGCAUAUGUAACACUUGUUAAGAACCGAGUGAUAAUCGAUGUAAAGCUAUAACAUGCCCACGUUUAAUAUAUUAAAAGUUGAAACACGUGUAAAGUUUAAAUUAUCAGCUGCUUAAUGUUAAUGCCUCCAUGUUUGUGUUGUUUUUAUGCUAGAAUGUGUUUAUAUACCAUAUACCCGCAACUAAUAUCAGCCGUGAUUAAGACAAUAUUUUUUAAUGUUACAUGUUUGUUGCUUUAUGCAGUAUGUAAAUUCGAAUGGUAUGACU